GAGACAACAACAAAAAAAAAACUCAUCAUUUUUUUCCACAAACACACACACACAUAUUCAACAUACGUAUAUAUUCGGUCAUAUUGAAUGAAUGAAACAAAAACCAGUCUUGAUGUGUUGAUGUGAUUAUUAUUCAUCCGAUGAACGUCAUCAUCAUUACCAAAAAAAAAAAAAAAAAAAAAUUCAAUCAUUCCAUCCAUCGUUAUUUAACUGUGUGUAUUUUGUUUCGUUGUACUCGAUAUAAAGUUUUUAUUUUUAUUUCCAAUUUGUUUUUUUUUUGUAUAUACCAUCCACUUCAAGAAUAUAUACAUUCAAUCAUUAUCAUCAUCAUUAUCAACAAUCAUGGCAUCAUUCUAUGAAAUGAUUGGUUCAAUUUCAUUACUUAUCAUCAUUUUAUGGUUAUUGUUCAAAAUAAUCAAAGGUAUUUGGACAUGUUGUCUUGGAUCGGCAUUUGGUUUUGGUGUUAAAUGGUGUCCAGGGCCAUCAACAUGGGCUGUGAUUACCGGCGCAACUGAUGGUAUUGGAUUGGCAUAUGCAAAAGAAUUUGCUCGUAUGGGUUAUUCUGUAUGUUUGAUUAGCCGUAAUAAAGAAAAAUUGGAUCGUACAAAAGAAGAGAUUAAAAGUGAAUCGCCUAAAUGUUCAGAAAUUCGAACCAUUGCCGUUGAUUUUGUUCGUACGGAUAUUUAUGAUGAAAUUGAAAAACAAAUCAAUGAAUUGGAUGAUAUUCAUAUUCUGGUCAAUAAUGUCGGUAUUUCAUAUGAAUAUCCAGAAUAUUUUAACAAAAUACCUGAAGCAAAAAAAUUAAUGAAUUCAAUUGUCAAUUGUAAUAUAAUGUCCGUUAUGCGUAUGGUGGAAUUAGUAUUGCCAAAAAUGGAACGCCGUGGUCGUGGUGUUGUUAUCAAUCUUUCAUCAUAUUCCGCUUCAUAUCCGAUGCCAUUGUUGUCGAUUUAUAAUGCAUCGAAAAUUUUUGUCGAUUUUCUUUCACGUGCAUUACAAUUCGAAUACGCUGACAAAGGUAUCACCAUUCAAAGUGUAUUACCAGCAUAUGUAUCAACAAAAAUGAGUAAAAUUCGACGAACAUCAUUAAUGGUACCAAGUCCAAAAACAUAUGUACAACAUGCCCUAAAAACGGUUGGCAUUGAAUCACGUACAUACGGUUAUUGGGCUCAUAAAUUGCAAGGUUUCGCACAGGAUUGUAUUAUUGCCAAUAUUUUGGGUGAAAAUUUCAAUUCAAAAUUGGCAUUCGAUUCAUUGAAAGAUGUACGACGAAGAUAUUAUAAAAAACAAGGAACCAAAAUGGAAUGAAAAAAAAAAAAUUUGAUUUACCAUUAUAUCUGGGAAUAAUUGUAAACACUAUUUAUUUUUAUUUUUUUUUUAUUUAAAAAAAAAUGAGCAUGAAUUUAACACGAUGAUGAGUAAAGAAAAAUUUGAUUUGAAUAAAAAGUAUAAAUAGCC